AAGGUGUGGGGGGGGUGAAAUCCACCGCUAUGGGGUGCUCAGAGCAAGAGAGGAGAAGAAACGGGGAUCUGGAGAGCAGUGCUGCGUCUGAGGGGGGGUUGGAAAUCAUCGCUGGGAGCCCCUUGGGGAAAGGAAGGGAGGGGAAAAUGGGACCAGAAGACGAGGGGGGGCUGGAAAGCGUCAGUCCUGCCUCCUUGGGGAAAGGGAGGGGGGAAAAAGGGGUCGAGAGGGGAAGGAGAGCCUGGAGACCGCCGGUAGCGGGUGCUCGGAGCAAAGGAGAAGUAUAAAUGGGGGCCUCGAGAGCAACAUUGAGUGGGGGAGGGGGCUGGAGACCACCGCUGAGCCCAAGGGGGGGAUGGGGGACAACGUUGAGCCCAACGGGAUCCCGGAGAGCGACGCCGUCAGUCCGUCAGAGCAAAGCAGAGCCGGGAUGGGCAGCCUGGCACCGAAACGAGGCAGCCCGGAGGAUUGCGCCGUGAUCUCGUUGGGUGAAGAUGAAGAAGAAGAAGAAGAAGAGGAGGAGGAGGAGGAGGAAGAAGAGCUGGAGGAAGGUCCGGGCCGUUACCUGGCGGCGCUGGAAGCCGUGCAGCUGGAGUUGGAGGCGGUGGAGGAGGAAGCAGCUCGAGCUUUCCGCCGCCUGAGGGCCAAAUUCGGGCUGCGACGACGGCCGCACCUGCAGCGUCGCAACCGCCUCAUCCAGCACAUCCCUGGCUUCUGGGUCACGGCCGUAUCCUUUGCUGGGAGGGGGGGAAUUGGAGAGGGGGGGGGUCUUUAAUUGCUUUUCAAUUUGCAGGGGGAAG